UUUAAAAUUUAAGGUAACAACCUAUAGUCAGACGAAGAGGAUUCCCAGAUAAUUAAGAUUUUUAUUACCUAAAACCUGGUCAAACGUCAUGGUAAAAUGUCAGCUCUCUAAGCCAGAUCUCUAAGCCAUAUGAGCACAGCCGGUGACAAUUGCACUUCAAUGGGUUCCAUUUCUCAUAAUGCAUCUUAAAAGCAACUCAACUGUUUUUAUCUGAAACGACUUUGAACAGUACUUUGAACUCUGGCACAGUACAGAUAAAUUGCUAACACGAGUUGCUGUCUCUCAGUUCUGUCUGUAAUCGUACUCGCAAUUGACAGAUCAUUCUGUAGUUCCGGUUUGUAAUGUUAAUUAGCUUGACUAACCUAAAGCUGAAACCAGGAUUUUCCGCCAAAACAAUCACCAACAGAAGUACUAAAUAUGAAAAGCACAAAAGGUUACUAUUUAAAAUUUAAGGUAACAACCUAUAGCCAGACGAAGAGCUUUCCCAGAUAAUGAACAUUUUUUAUUACCUAAAACGUGGUCAAACGUCAUGCUAAAAUGUCAGAUCUCUAAACCGCAGAUGACAGUUGACAUAUUAAAGAAAGAAUUAUGUAAUAAAUUUGUCCUUUUUUUGUUUUGUUUGUUUUGUUUUUCUUUGUUUUUUUUCUGACACAGAGAUGAGUUAAGUAAUGUAUGUUAGACGUAUCAGUAACACCUGUCUUCAUCACGAUACAAACAGAGCAGUGUUUUACAACCAACAAACUAGUGAACUUUACGAUGCCGGAAGACUCGAACUCAGCAAUGAACGGGACUCACCCAACGAGCUGCUUCAGUAAUCCUGCAGCAGUGAAAAUUGGAAGAACCUUCGCUUACUGUAUGAUCUUCAUUGUUUCUCUGGCUGGGAAUACUUUAAUCGGAAUAAUCGUCUACAAGACAAAAGCAAUGAGAACAAGCACCAACUUUCUGUUAGUAAACAUGGCCAUGUCCGAUCUGCUGUUACCGAUUUUCUUGUUCCCGCCAAUUAUCACUGGGUUGCAUGUCGACUCCUGGCUGGUAGGUGGUCCUCUUGGCCAGGCCCUGUGUAAACUGCAUGUGUUCUUUUCCAAUGUUUCCACAAAUGUAUCUAUUCAGAGCCUGGUACUCAUAACAUUAGAUCGAUUUGGAGCUGUGGUAUUUCCCCUCCGUUCUCCGCUCAUCAGUCCUAAACUUUGCCUCUUCUUCAUUGCCGCCACUUGGAUCAUCGCGAUGGCUAUCCAGUCCCCAUAUCUCUUCGCCGUCAGACUAGUUGAAGAUUCUGGAACGUUGAUCUGCGCGCGGAGGUGGAAUGAAGCCUUCGGAGAUUCCUCAUCCUUUGUAAAUUACGGUUCAGCAAUGUUUGUUAUAUUCUUUUGUAUGCCUUUGGUUUUAAUGGCUGUACUUUACUUUAUCAUCGUUUUAAAGGUUAAGUCGCAGACAACCCUAGGCGAGCAGUCGGUCAGCGCUGCGCAGCAACGCCGACAGAAAAGAGAACGAAAUGUGUUAAAACUGGCGAUCGCUAUCGUCCUAAGUUUUACAGUAUGUUGGAUGCCGUUCACUAUUCUUACCUUGCUAGGGAAAGUGCCUUGUGGCACCAUACAUUAUUUUGUUAUUGCUCGGAUCCUAGCUAGUGCAAAUUGUGCCAUUAACCCUUGCAUUUGUUUAAUUCUUAGUGGAAGUUACCGCCGGGGUCUUAAGAGCCUCCUAAACUGUUGCGUUGCCCUGCAAACAAGCAACCAAGUAGCACCGAUUGGUUCGCAAAGCAAUCCAUCAAUAUAUAGUGAAUGAUGAAUUCUUAGAAAUUGUUUCAAGGGGGCGUGUGGCCAUGGUCCACACACUAUUGGGGAACUAUAAACACAUAACCUAAGUAUCCACGCAGUUAGCUUAAGGUGAUUAAUUAUGUAAAGACUUUCUAAAAGCCUACAGAACAUAUGUAUCUAUUUGUCUCCGAUUCUUUUGCAUGUUAUGGUGCUAUAUUGUUUUAUCUACCAGAUGGUAAAAAGGAAAACGAUGCUAUGUUCUUUUACAUAAUUUGACAGCGAAAAAGGUUUAGAUUUGUGAGGCUUUCACUCACAAUUGAAUGAUUAUUAAUUCAAAUUCGCUCUCCCUUAUGUCUGCGAACCACCACAAGUUGGGUAUACAUAGAAAAAAA